GAGGAGGGGUGGGGGCGGGGAGCCGCAGGCGGACUGCGGGCAGGAUGGCGGCUCAAAUUCCAAUCGUGGCUGCCACUUCUACCCCGACCAUAGCCAGGAACAGCAAGAAGAGGCCAGCCAGUCCUUCCCACAACGGCAGCGGCGGGGGAUAUGGCACCAGUAAAAAGAAAAAGCUCUCCGCCUCCAGCUUUGCUCAGGGUGUCAACAUUGAAGCCGUGAGUGAGAAUAAAAUGGCGUCCUCUGAGUUUAGUUCGGGGCCUGUGGAAAAAGCUGCCAAACCGCUGCCUUUUAAGGAUCCCAACUUUGUGCACUCUGGCCACGGCGGCGCGGUAGCUGGCAAGAAGAAUAGAACCUGGAAGAACCUCAAACAGAUCCUCGCUGCUGAAAGGGCAUUGCCAUGGCAACUGAAUGAUCCUAACUACUUUAGUAUUGAUGCUCCUCCAUCCUUUAAGCCAGCUAAGAAGUAUUCCGAUGUUUCAGGCCUUCUUGCCAACUACACAGACCCUCAGAGCAAGCUGCGGUUCAGCACCAUUGAAGAGUUUUCCUACAUUCGCAGACUGCCGUCUGAUGUCGUCACAGGCUACCUGGCCCUGAGGAAGGCCACGAGCAUCGUUCCCUGAGCCUGGGAAGUGGAGUUGAAGUGGAAAUGACCUUGAAAACAGACUCUGCCCUUGUGGUUUUGUUUCAGGGAAACAGAUAUGUUCUGCUGUCAAUCCAAGAGUGUCAGCUCUGUGUCGUGCAAAGAUUGUCUGGCUUUACCAUGAGGGUCUUUCUGACUUUUUCCCUCCAAGUGUGAUGUACCUCUUUUAAGUCAUACUUCAGUUGUUGCAAGUAAAAAUUGUUUGAUAAGAAAAUAUAGUAAAAUUAUGCAUUUAAAUUAACUCAGGCAAGUCCCGGAUUUGGUUUGCGAGUUGUAAACCCAUGUCAAACAUUUUCAAUGAAUGUGCAAUGAAAACACAGGUCUGGAUCGUCCUGGACCUUGGCCAGCAUGUCAGCCCUUCCCCGGAUCAGAAACUUCUGUUUUCUGCUGUGCUAGCAGGAGUUGGAAACUUUAGAAGACUUUAUCCAUCAUGGCAUGCCUGCUGGUGAUUUGUCUCUGCUAAAGCCCAAAGGAUAAAUCCAGCCUUAAAAGGAAAAGCAGUCGAAGAGACAGAUUUUGGAGGCCCAGCAAUUGUAGGGGACACACGUUUGGUUCUUAGUGCUCACAUGGUGACUCCCAACUAUCUCUAACUCCAGUUCCAGGGCAUCCAACCCCUCUUCUGACCUCCAAGGACACUGAGUGUGUGCAUACAUAUGCACAUGUAUGCAGACAAACUCUCGUAAUUAUAAAAAUAAUAUAAAUAUUUUUUAAAAUUUGUGUUUUCUUCUCAAGACCACACUGAUAUCCACACUGCUCUGACGUGAGUCCUGCUAAUACAUGCUGCGUGUCUCCACUGUAGAAGAGGAGCCAAGAGGUACACCGUAGAGUGGCCAGAUGUUAGAGACUCUGCUAGAGCGGGGAGAGGAGAACCAUGCCACGGUCGUUACUUUUCCCGCAGUGACCACAUGUCUGGCAUGGAGGAUGCGUGUCCACGGCUGUGGGGCAGGCAUGAGGCAGCUGGCCACACCGCAGCCACGGCCAUGAAGCAGAGAACAGACAAGGUCUGCCUCUAGUGACCCACGUCCUCCAGAGGGACUCAGCCACUGUGGCACAGCUCAACACUCUCCUAAAACGGGGCCACCCACAUUCGGGUAAACUGCACCCUGUCUCCCGAGGGGAAGUGUGUGUCCACCCAGCCUUCAAGUGUGAUCUGUAGCGGAUGAGACCUAACAGAGGCCACAUUAUUUCCCAGCAGGUACCAUUGUUCUGAGCCAGCACCUCUUAGGAGGAGGCCUCCUGUCAUCCAACAGCACAGGUGCCUAUGGAGAAGUCACAGAUGUCUUCUUGCAUGAAACAAUGUUAUUUCCAAUAAUGUCCUCAUCUGAGAGGAUGUGUGGGCCUUAUUUGGAUCCUGGCUCAAACGAAAAGCCUGGAAUACUCCCGAGAAGAUGUGUGGGGAUACUUACGUUCACUUUUAAUCGGGAUGCUGGUGUCACAGUGUUAAAGGAAUGGGUUCGUAUUUUAGAGACAGAGGCUAACACAUUAAUGGACAGAGCAGUGUGGUAUCUGUGAUUUGUUUUAGGAUGACGUGGGAGAGAGGAAAUAGAUGGAAGUAGUGUUGAGACAAGAUUGGCCGUGAGUCAACUAUUGUGUGCUAAGUACACGGAAGUUCAUUACACCGUUCUACUCUGUGUGUUCUAAUUUCUCCAUAAUAAACUUAACAAGGA